UACCAACAAUUCUCCAAGAGUCGCUCGAAAAAUCUCGGAACUCAACGCUUGAACUUCUUGAAAAUUUGAUGAUUAUGGUCUACCGUUUAACGGCAGCGGUGGAUAACAGUCUUCUCAAACUGUUGGAUAAAAAGAAGAAAUCGGUUUAUUUUGAUGACCAAAAAUUCGAUGAUUUAAAAUUGAUUAUCAGUACACUUACCACGUGUCGGCAGCAGGAAAUUUAUGUUAGAAAAAUUUUGUCAGAUUUAGAGAACAUUGAAGACGAGUUUAAAAAUCUGAUGGAACACUUACAGUCCCGAUUGCACAAGUUACAUGAUACCGUCAAGUUCCGAACAGCGAUCCCUAUUGUCCAAGUUUACCCACAAUUUAUGGAUUUGACUUCCAUUUGGAUGCGAUUGCAAGAUGAAAUAAUUGUGUUGAAUAACAUAAAUAAAUUUUUCGAGCAGUUAAACUUGCUGAGUAUUGAGAACAUAAAAAUUUAUGAAGAAAUACCUCUAGAAAAAUUCAUCAAGGAUUCUGAGAUUCUUUCUGAUGCCGAAAGACUUGAACGUUCCAUGGGAAAACUCAUAAAUAAAUGCGGAGAUUGUGUAAUUUUAUAUCCGAACACCACAAAAAAUUUCCAAGACAUCCAACUUGAAUUCCUUGGGUUCUGCGCUUGGACCUUCGUGGUCGGUUUCGGGGCCCUGAUACCCGGAAAUCCCAACAUUGGCAUCGUAAAAUGGCGAACUAGAUACUUCGCUUUUUCUUCUGAUGAAGCUGCAAAAAAAUUCGGAGAAGAUCCAAGCAGAUUCAUGUACGAAGCUUUGGAUUUUGUGAGAAAAAACCCGGAGUACAUUCAUCUGUUUCACCUCCAUGAAGACAUCGAAGCUCUAAAUAACCAGGAAAACACGACGCAAGAUUAUAACUUGCAGGUUCAUCAAGAUCAGUGUGUGCAAACGGAUACUCACAUCCUGGAGCCGUAUAUUGAUCCUGAUUAUCAUCAUAGCCUCUGGAAUCAUCGCUACAGUGCAUUGAAAUUAGCUAAUAUUUCAAAAUGUAUGACCAAAAGUACGCAGACAAGCAUCUCAUACUUCAAAAGGUCGGCAAGUAUUCAAGCGUCUGUGCCGAAAAGUACUUCUAGUCAAACAGUUAGAGACAAUGAGUGCAAUACAACGCAUUUCCAAACACUUAUUUACAAUUUACCUCCAAAAAAUCAACUUCAAGUCAUUAAUUACGCUUCUGAUUGA